UUUUAAUCCCGCCCCUUUCGUGCCAGCUUUAUAUUCUUCCCUCAACUAGUCCUUUUUUAUCUUACUUCACAUUCAGUUGUUGUUUUUCUAGUCUUUUUCCCGAUUCCUGGUGUUCGCCCCCUUCCCCUUUUCCUCAUACUUGUUCCUAUUUCUAUGCGUCGGCCCAAUAUUCCCCUCAUAUUUGUAUUUUAAAUUUAAAUAAAUAUUUUCGGAUCAAGUUUAUAUUUUUAUUGGGGAAUGGGUAAGAACUGGUAACCCGCUCAUCAUACCUCCAACACUUGUUCAAACUCAGGUUGAAGGAGGCUCUACACUUUUUUCCAUGGACUUUUUUGAUGAACCGGCUUAUUUUUUUUAAUUUUUUUAAAGCCGAUCUUGCUGAACCGUUUCCCAGUUGGAAUUAAAGCUUUUUACAUUUCUCGUUGUGAAGAUGAAGAAGAAAAGAAGAAGGAUUUGACAGAAUCUGUAGAUUUGUUAAUGCCUGGGAUUGGAGAAGUUGUUGGUGGUUAAUGGGGACCUACCUAGGAAGUCACGGUUUAUCUGGGCUAUUUUUCCGUCUCGAAAUCCGUUCCCAGAAAUUUUUCCAAAACUCGACUGACUUUCUCCAAUUGGUAACCCGAUAUUUUCCGCCCCAAAAUUGCCUUCUUUUUGCUGGUUUGGUGAUUAUUAAAUUUUUGUUUGGAAUACACUCAAAUGUGUUUGAGCAUGUAUGGAUGUACAUGAAAAUCAAUUUUUUGUUGAGAACAUUGCCUGAUGGAACUUUUUGUUUGAAAACUUGUGUCGCGGAAUAAAAAAUUAAUA